UUUUUUGCAUUUAGAAAACAAUCGACAAGAUGAAUCGUUUCGAGGAUUUUGAUAUAAAGCGCGUCUCGGAGGCUUCAAGACAUGUCGCCAUCUCCUGGUAUAAAUGAGCGUUUGUAUCGAUUGUAUCGAUUACAUUAUCCAAUCAGAUGGAUUUCUGUGAUAUCGCAACGCCAAUGGCCAGCGAACUUGACUUCCUCCUCAAGAAUCGAUGCCAUCUACGUUAUUCGCGAAAGGUGACUGCGAAAGGAGUUUGUGUCUGACAAAGGUACUCAUAAUCCAGUGUUUUCGAUAUGUCCGAUGAAAAGGACGUCAGCAUCGAUGACGAGUACUAUACGCCUGCAAAAUCGUUCAGGAACGCCACGUUGCUGGACGCAUGUUGCACGCCUGUUAAAACCAAAGUUCUGGAGAGGACGCUCCAGCAGGAGGCUGAAAAAUAUUUCACGCCGGCGACUGAGUUUCUACAGUGGAGGUGCGUCGAUCAACACGCGACGCCUGUCACUCCUGAUUUAUCGAACAUAGACGGGACUGGCGAUGUUAAUACGCCGAUAUCUCCGUUGGCCGCCCGCAUGAUCAAGCUCGGCAUCUCUACUCCGAAAAAUAUAUGUGCGCCCGCAAAAGAGAUCGAUCUUAAAAUUGUGCCUUCGAAGAAUCAAGAAUGCGUCGAUUAUUUUCUGGGUGAUAAGAGAACAGGUUCUCCGGAUGAUAAGAGAGCAGGUUCUCCGGAUGAUAAGAGAGCAGGUUCUCCGGAUGAUAAGAGAGCAGGUUUUUCGGAUUACGAGGAUGUUACUUACGUGUCCGAGGUGAUCUUUUUGUUGAUGGCGUCCAACAGGAAUCGCCGGAUGAAAAUGGAAGCUGCGCGCAAAAGAGCUUUGCGAAGAAAAGCGCUUUUAAUGACUUUAUGGGGUCCGAUCAAGAAAAACAAUCGACAAGAUGAAUCGUUUCGAGGAUUUUGAUA